CCUCAUUCUCCCUCCUUCCAUCACCCCGCCCCAUUCUCCCGCUUUCCAUCACCCCGCCCCAUUCUCCCGCUUUUCAUCACCCCGCCCCAUUCUCCCGCUUUCCAUCACCCCGCCCCAUUCUCUCGCCUUCCAUCACCCCGCCCCAUUCUCCCGCUUUCCAUCACCCCGCCCCAUUCUCCCGCUUUCCAUCACCACGCCCCCUUCUUCCUCCUUCCAUCACCCCGCCCCAUUCUCCCGCUUUCCAUCACCCCGCCCCAUUCUCCCGCUUUCCAUCACCCCGCCCCAUUCUCCCGCUUUCCAUCACCCCGCCUCAUUCUCCCGCUUUCCAUCACCCCGCCCCAUUCUUCCUCCUUCCAUCACCCCGCCCCAUUCUCCUGCUUUCCAUCACCCCGCCCCAUUCUCCCGCUUUCCAUCACCCCGCCCCACCGCUUCCCAUAACCCCACCUCAUUCUCCCGCUUUCCAUCACCCCGCCCCAUUCUCCCGAUUUCCAUCACCCCGCCCCAUUCUCCCGCUUUCCAUCACCCCGCCCCAUUCUCCCGCUUUCCAUCACCCCGCCCCAUUCUCCCGCUUUCCAUCAUCCCGCCCCAUUCUCCCGCUUUCCAUCACCCCGCCCCAUUCUCCCGCUUUCCAUCACUCCGCCCUAUUCUCCCUCCUUCCAUCACCCCGCCCCAUUCUCCCUCCUUCCAUCACCCCACCCCAUUCUCCCGCUUUCCAUCACCCCGCCCCAUUCUCCUGCUUCCCAUAACCCCGCCCCAUUCUCCCUCCUUCCAUCACCCCGCCCCAUUCUCCCGCUUUCCAUCACCCCGACCCAUUCUCUUGCUUCCCAUAACCCCACCCCAUUCUCCCGCUUUCCCGCCCCAUUCCCCGUCUUUCCAUCACCCCUCCCCAUUCUCCCUCCUUCCAUCACCCCGCCCCAUUCUCCCUCCUUCCAUCACCCCGCCCCAUUCUCCCGCUUUCCAUCAGCCCGCCCCAUUCUCCCGCUUUCCAUCACCCCGCCCCUUUCUCCCGCUUUCCAUCAUCCCGCCCCAUUCUCCCUCCUUCCAUCACCCCUCCCCAUUCUCCCUCCUUCCAUCACCCCGCCCCAUUCUCCCUUCUUCCAUCACCCCGCCCCAUUCUCCCUCCUUCCAUCACCCCACCCCAUUCUCCCACUUUCCAUCACCCCGCCCCCUUCUCUCUCCUUCCAACACCCCGCCCCAUUCUCCCUCCUUCCAUCACCCUGCCCCAUUCUCCCGCUUUCCAUCAGCCCGCCCCAUUUUCCCGCUUUCCAUCACCCCGCCCCAUUCUUCCGCUUCCCAUCAUCCCAUCCCAUUCCCCCCCUUUCCAUCACCCCUCCCCAUUCUCCCUCCUUCCAUCACCCCGCCCCAUUCUCCCCCUUUCCAUCACCCGCCACAUUCUCCCGCUUUCCAUCACCCCGCCCCAUUCUCCCGCUUUCCAUCACCCUGCCCCAUUCACCCGCUUUCCAUCACCCGCCCCAUUCUCCCGCUUUCCAUCACCCCGCCCCAUUCUCCCGCUUUCCAUCACCCCGCCCCAUUCUCCCGCUUUCCAUCACCCCGCCCCAUUCUCCCGCUUUCCAUCACCCCGCCUAAUUCUCCCGCUUUCCAUCACUCCGCCCCAUUCUCCCGCUUUCCAUCACCCCGACCCAUUCUCCCACUUUCCAUCACCCCGCCCCAUUCUCCCUCCUUCCAUCACCCCGCCCCAUUCUCCCGCUUUCCAUCACCCCGCCCCAUUCUCCCGCUUUCCAUCACCCAGCCCCAUUCUCCCGCUUUCCAUCACUCCGCCCCAUUUUCCCGCUUUCCAUCACCCCGCCCCAUUCUCCCGCUUUCCAUCACCCUGCCCCAAUCUCCCGCUUUCCAUCACCCCACCCCAUUCUCCCUCCUUCCAUCACCCCGCCCCAUUCUCCCACUUUCCAUCACCCCGCCCCAUUCUCCCGCUUUCCAUCACCCAGCCCCAUUCUCCCGCUUUCCAUCACCCCGCCCCAUUCUCCCGCUUUCCAUCACCCCGCCCCAUUCUCCCUCCUUCCAUCACCCCGCCACAUUCUCCCGCUUUCCAUCACCCCGCCCCAUUCUCCCUCCUUCCAUCACCCCGCCCCAUUCUCCUUCCUUCCAUCACCCCGCCCCAUUCUCCCGCUUUCCAUCACCCCGCCCCAUUCGCCCGCUUCCCAUAACCCCACCCCCUUCUCCCGCUUUCCAUCACCCCGCCACAUUCUCCCGCUUUCUAUCACCCCGCCCCAUUCUCCCUCCUUCCAUCACCCCGCCCCAUUCUCCCGCUUUCCAUCACCCCGCCCCAUUCUCCCGAUUUCCAUCACCCCGCCCCAUUCUCCCGCUUUCCAUCACCCUGCCCCAUUCUCCCGCUUUCCAUCACCCCGCCCCAUUCUCCCGCUUUCCAUCAUCCCGCCCCAUUCUCCCUCCUUCCAUCACCCCGCCCCAUUCUCCUGCUUUCCAUCACCCCGCCCCAUUCUCCCGCUUUCCAUCACCCCGCCCCAUUCUCCCGCUUCCCAUAACCCCACCCCAUUCUCCCGCUUUCCAUCACCCCGCCACAUUCUCCCACUUUCCAUCACCCCGCCCCCUUCUCUCUCCUUCCAUCACCCUGCCCCAUUCUCCCUCCUUCCAUCACCCCGCCCCAUUCUCCCGCUUUCCAUCAGCCCGCCCCAUUCUCCCGCUUUCCAUCACCCCUCCCCUUUCUCCCACUUUCCAUCUCCCCGCCCCAUUCUCCCGCUUCCCAUCACCCCGCCCCAUUCUCCCGCUUUCCAUCACCCCGCCCCAUUCUUCCGCUUCCCAUUAUCCCGCCCCAUUCCCCCGCUUUCCAUCACCCCUCCCCAUUCUCCCUCCUUCCAUCACCCCGCCCCAUUCUCUCGCUUUCCAUCACCCCGCCCAAUUCUCCCGCUUUCCAUCACCCCGCCCCAUUCUCCCGCUUUCCAUCACCCCGCCCCAUUCUUCCUCCUUCCAUCACCCCGCCCCAUUCUCCCGCUUUCCAUCACCCCGUCCCAUUCUCCCUCCUUCCAUCACCCCGCCCCAUUCUCCCUCAUUCCAUCACCCCGCCCCUUUCUCCCGCUUUCCAUCACCCCGCCCCAUUCUCCCGCUUCCCAUAACCCCACCCUAUUCUCCCGCUUUCCAUCACCCCGCCACAUUUUCCCACUUUCCAUCACCCCGCCCCCUUCUCUCUCCUUCCAUCACCCCGCCCCAUUCUCCCUCCUUCCAUUACCCCCCAUUCUCCCGCUUUCCAUCAUCCCGCCCCAUUUUUCCGCUUUCCAUCACCCCGCCCCAUUCUCCCGCUUUCCAUCACCCUGCCCCAAUCUCCCGCUUUCCAUCACCCUGCCCCAUUCUCCCUCCUUCCAUCACCCCGCCCCAUUCUCCCGCUUUCCAUCACCCUGCCCCAAUCUCUCGCUUUCCAUUACCCCACCCCAUUCUCCCUCCUUCCAUCACCCCGCCCCAUUCUCCCGCUUUCCAUCACGCAGCCCCAUUCUCCCGCUUUUCAUCACCCUGCCCCAUUCUCCCGCUUUCCAUCACCCCGCCCCAUUCUCCCUCCUUCCAUCACCCUGCCCCAAUCUCCCGCUUUCCAUCACCCCGCCCCAUUCUCCCUCCUUCCAUCACCCCGCCCCAUUCUCCCGCUUUCCAUCACCCUGCCCCAAUCUCUCGCUUUCCAUCACCCCACCCCAUUCUCCCUCCUUCCAUCACCCCGCCCCAUUCUCCCGCUUUCCAUCACGCAGCCCCAUUCUCCCGCUUUUCAUCACCCUGCCCCAUUCUCCCGCUUUCCAUCACCCCGCCCCAUUCUCCCUCCUUCCAUCACCCCGCCCCACUCUCCCGCUUUCCAUCACCCCGCCCCAUUCUCCCUCCUUCCAUCAACCCGCCCCAUUCUCCCUCCUUCCAUCACCCGCCCCAUUCUCCCGCUUUCCAUCACCCCACCCUCCCGCCCCAUUCUCCAGCUUUCCAUCACCCUUUCCCUUUCUCCCGCUUUCCAUCUCCCCGCCCCAUUCUCCCGCUUUCCAUCACCCCGCCCCAUUCUCCCGCUUUCCAUCACCCCGCCCCAUUCUUCCUCCUUCCAUCACCCCGCCCCAUUCUCCCGCUUUCCAUCACCCCGCCCCAUUCUCCCUCCUUCCAUCACCCCGCCCCAUUCUCCCUCAUUCUAUCACCCCGCCCCAUUCUCCCUCCUUCCAUCACCCCGCCCCAUUCUCCCUCCUUCCAUCACCCCGCCCCAUUCUUCCUCCUUCCAUCACCCCGCCCCAUUCUCCCGCUUUCCAUCACCCCGCCCCAUUCUUCCUCCUUCCAUCACCCCGCCCCAUUCUCCCGCUUUCCAUCACCCCGCCCAAUUCUCCCGCUUCCCAUAACCCCACCCCAUUCUCCCGCUUUCCAUCACCCCGCCACAUUUUCCCACUUUCCAUCACCCCGCCCCCUUCUUUCUCCUUCCAUCAGCCCGCCCCAUUCUCCCUCCUUCCAUCACCCCGCCCCAUUCUCCCGCUUUCCAUCAGCCCGCCCCAUUCUCCAGCUUUCCAUCACCCCUCCCCUUUCUCCCGCUUUCCAUCUCCCCGCCCCAUUCUCCCGCUUUCCAUCACCCCGCCCCAUUCUCCCGCUUUCCAUCACCCCGCCCCAUUCUUCCUCCUUCCAUCACCCCGCCCCAUUCUCCCGCUUUCCAUCACCCUGCCCCAUUCUCCCGCUUUCCAUCAGCCCGCCCCAUUCUCCCACUGUCCAUCACCCCGCCCCUUUCUCCCGCUUCCCAUCACCCCGCCCCAUUCUCCCGCUUUCCAUCACCCCGCCCCAUUCUCCCGCUUUCCAUCACUGUGCCCCAUUCUCCCGCUUUCCAUCAGCCCGCCCCAUUCUCCCGCUUUCCAUCACCCCGCCCCUUUCUCCUGCUUUCCAUCACCCCGCCCCAUUCUCCCGUUUUCCAUCACCCUGCCCCAUUCUCCCGCUUUCGAUCACCCCGCCCCAUUCUCCCACCUUCCAUCACUCCGCCCCAUUCUCCCGCUUUCCAUCACCCCGACCCAUUCUCCCACUUUCCAUCACCCCGCCCCAUUCUCCCUCCUUCCAUCACCCCGCCUCAUUCCCCCUCCUUCCAUCACCCCGCCCCAUUCUCCCGCUUUCCAUCACCCCGCCCCAUUCUCCCGCUUUCCAUCACUUAGCCCCAUUCUCCCGCUUUCCAUCAUCCCGCCCCAUUUUUCCGCUUUCCAUCACCCCGCCCUAUUCUCCCGCUUUCCAUCACCCUGCCCCAAUCUCCCGCUUUCCAUUUCCCCGCCCCAUUCUCCCUCCUUCCAUCACCCCGCCCCAUUCUCCCGCUUUCCAUCACCCUGCCCCAAUCUCUCGCUUUCCAUCACCCCACCCCAUUCUCCCUCCUUCCAUCACCCCGCCCCAUUCUCCCGCUUUCCAUCACGCAGCCCCAUUCUCCCGCUUUUCAUCACCAUGCCCCAUUCUCCCGCUUUCCAUCACCCCGCCCCAUUCUCCCGCUUUCCAUCACCCCGCCCCAUUCUCCCUCCUUCCAUCACCCCGCCCCAUUCUCCCGCUUUCCAUCACCCCGACCCAUUCUCCCUCCUUCCAUCACCCCGCCCCAUUCUCCCUCCUUCCAUCACCCCGCCCCAUUCUCCCGCUUUCCAACACCCCGCCCUGUUCUCCCGCUUCCCAUAACCCCACCCCCUUCUCCUGCUUUCCAUCACCCCGCCCCAUUCUCCCGAUUUCCAUCACCCCGCCCCAUUCUCCCUCCUUCCAUCACCCCGCCCCAUUCUCCCGCUAUCCAUCAGCCCGCCCCAUUCUCCAGCUUUCCAUCACCCCUCCCCUUUCUCCCGCUUUCCAUCACCCCGCCCCAUUCUCCCGCUUUCCAUCACCCCGCCCCAUUCUUCCUCCUUCCAUCACCCCGCCCCAUUCUCCCGCUUUCCAUCAGCCUUCCCCGUUCUCCCUCCUUCCAUCACCCCACCCCAUUCUCCCGCUUUCCAUCACCCCGCCCCAUUCUCCCGCUUCCCAUAACCCCACCCCAUUCUCCCGCUUUCCAUCACCCCGCCACAUUUUCCCACUUUACAUCACCCCGCCCCCUUCUUUCUCCUUCCAUCACCCCGCCCCAUUCUCCCUCCUUCCAUCACCCCGCCCAAUUCUCCCGCUUUCCAUCAGCCCGCCCCAUUCUCCCGCUGUCCAUCACUCUACCCCUUUCUCCCGCUUUCCAUCACCCUGCCCCAUUCUCCCGCUUUCCAUCACCCCGCCCCAUUCUCCCGCUUUCCAUCACCCCGCCCCAUUCUCCCUCCUUCCAUCACCCCGCCCCAUUCUCCCGCUUUCCAUCACCCCGCCCCAUUCUCCCUCCUUCCAUCACCCCGCCCCAUUCUCCCUCCUUCCAUCACCCCGCCCCAUUCUCCCACUUUCCAUCACCCCGCCCUGUUCUCCCGCUUCCCAUAACCCCACCCCCUUCUCCUGCUUUCCAUCACCCCGCCCCAUUCUCCCGAUUUCCAUCACCCCGCCCCAUUCUCCCUCCUUCCAUCACCCCGCCCCAUUCUCCCGCUAUCCAUCAACCCGCCCCAUUCUCCAGCUUUCCAUCACCCCUCCCCUUUCUCCCGCUUUCCAUCUCCCCGCCCCAUUCUCCCGCUUUCCAUCACCCCGCCCCAUUCUCCCGCUUUCCAUCACCCCGCCCCAUUCUUCCUCCUUCCAUCACCCCGCCCCAUUCUCCCGCUUUCCAUCACCCCACCCCAUUCUCCCUCCUUCCAUCACCCCGCCCCAUUCUCCCUCAUUCUAUCACCCCACCCCGUUCUCCCGCUUUCCAUCACCCCGCCCCAUUCUCCCGCUUCCCAUAACCCCACCCCAUUCUCCCGCUUUCCAUCACCCCGCCACAUUUUCCCACUUUCCAUCACCCCGCCCCCUUCUUUCUCCUUCCAUCACCCCGCCCCAUUCUCCCGCUUUCCAUCAGCCCGCCCCAUUCUCCCGCUGUCCAUCACUCUGCCCCUUUCUCCCGCUUUCCAUCACCCCGCCCCAUUCUCCCGCUUUCCAUCACCCCGCCCCUUUCUCCCGCUUUCCAUCACUCCGCCCCAUUCUCCCGCUUUCCAUCACCCCGACCCAUUCUCCCACUUUCCAUCACCCCGCCCCAUUCUCCCUCCUUCCAUCACCGCGCCUCAUUCUCCCUCCUUCCAUCACCCCGCCUCAUUCUCCCUCCUUCCAUCACCCCGCCCCAUUCUCCCGCUUUCCAUCACUUAGCCCCAUUCUCCCGCUUACCAUCACCAGGCCCCAUUUUUCCGCUUUCCAUCACCCCGCCCCAUUCUCCCGCUUUCCAUCACCCUGCCCCAAUCUCCCGCUUUCCAUCACCCCGCCCCAUUCUCCCUCCUUCCAUCACCCCGCCCCAUUCUCCCGCUUUCCAUCACCCCGCCCCAUUCUCCCGCUUUCCAUCACCCAGCCCCAUUCUCCCGCUUUCCAUCACCCCGCCCCAUUCUCCCGCUUUCCAUCACCCCGCCCCAUUCUCCCGCUUUCCAUCACCCCGCCCCAUUCUCCCUCCUUCCAUCACCCCGCCCCAUUCUCCCGCUUUCCAUCACCCCGCCCCAUUCUCCCUCCUUCCAUCACCCCGUCCCAUUCUCCCUCCUUCCAUCACCCCGCCCCAUUCUCCCGCUUUCCAUCACCCCGCCCCAUUCUCCCGCUUCCCAUAACCCCGCCCCAUUCUCCCUCAUUCCAUCACCCCGCUCCAUUCUCCCGCUUUCCAUCACCCCGCCCCAUUCUCCCGCUUCCCAUAACCCUACCCCAUUCUCCCGCUUUCCAUCACCCCACCCCAUUCUCCCUCCUUCCAUCACCCCGCCCCAUUCUCCCUCAUUCUAUCACCCCACCCCCCCCAUUCUCCCGCUUUCCAUCACCCCGCCCCAUUCUCCCGCUUUCCAUCACCCCGCCCCAUUCUCCCGCUUUCCAUCACCCCGCCCCAUUCUCCCUCCUUCCAUCACCCCGCCCCAUUCUCCCGCUUUCCAUCACCCCGCCCCAUUCUCCCUCCUUCCAUCACCCCGUCCCAUUCUCCCUCCUUCCAUCACCCCGCCCCAUUCUCCCGCUUUCCAUCACCCCGCCCCAUUGUCCCGCUUCCCAUAACCCCGCCCCAUUCUCCCUCAUUCCAUCACCCCGCUCCAUUCUCCCGCUUUCCAUCACCCCGCCCCAUUCUCCCGCUUCCCAUAACCCUACCCCAUUCUCCCGCUUUCCAUCACCCCACCCCAUUCUCCCUCCUUCCAUCACCCCGCCCCAUUCUCCCUCAUUCUAUCACCCCACCCCGUUCUCCCGCUUUCCAUCACCCCGCCCCAUUCUCCCGCUUCCCAUAACCCCACCCCAUUCUCCCGCUUUCCAUCACCCCGCCACAUUUUCCCACUUUCCAUCACCCCGCCCCCUUCUUUCUCCUUCCAUCACCCCGCCCCAUUCUCCCGCUUUCCAUCAGCCCGCCCCAUUCUCCCGCUGUCCAUCACUCUGCCCCUUUCUCCCGCUUUCCAUCACCCCGCCCCAUUCUCCCGCUUUCCAUCACCCCGCCCCUUUCUCCCGCUUUCCAUCACUCCGCCCCAUUCUCGCGCUUUCCAUCACCCCGACCCAUUCUCCCACUUUCCAUCACCCCGCCCCAUUCUCCCUCCUUCCAUCACCCCGCCUCAUUCUCCCUCCUUCCAUCACCCCGCCUCAUUCUCCCUCCUUCCAUCACCCCGCCCCAUUCUCCCGCUUUCCAUCACUUAGCCCCAUUCUCCCGCUUACCAUCACCAGGCCCCAUUUUUCCGCUUUCCAUCACCCCGCCCCAUUCUCCCGCUUUCCAUCACCCUGCCCCAAUCUCCCGCUUUCCAUCACCCCGCCCCAUUCUCCCUCCUUCCAUCACCCCGCCCCAUUCUCCCGCUUUCCAUCACCCCGCCCCAUUCUCCCGCUUUCCAUCACCCAGCCCCAUUCUCCCGCUUUCCAUCACCCCGCCCCAUUCUCCCGCUUUCCAUCACCCCGCCCCAUUCUCCCGCUUUCCAUCACCCCGCCCCAUUCUCCCUCCUUCCAUCACCCCGCCCCAUUCUCCCGCUUUCCAUCACCCCGCCCCAUUCUCCCUCCUUCCAUCACCCCGUCCCAUUCUCCCUCCUUCCAUCACCCCGCCCCAUUCUCCCGCUUUCCAUCACCCCGCCCCAAUCUCCCGCUUCCCAUAACCCCGCCCCAUUCUCCCUCAUUCCAUCACCCCGCUCCAUUCUCCCGCUUUCCAUCACCCCGCCCCAUUCUCCCGCUUCCCAUAACCCUACCCCAUUCUCCCGCUUUCCAUCACCCCGCCACAUUUUCCCACUUUCCAUCACCCCGCCCCCUUCUUCCUUCUUCCAUCACCCCGGCCCAUUCUCCCUCCUUCCUUCACCCCGCCCCAUUCUCCCGCUUUCCAUCACCCUGCCCAAUUCUCCCGCUUUCCAUCACACCGCCCCAUUCUCCCGCUUUCCAUCACCCCGCCCCAUUCUUCCGCUUCCCAUCAUCCCGCCCCAUUCCCCCGCUUUCCAUCACCCCUCCCCAAUCUCCCUCCUUCCAUCACCCCGCCCCAUUCUCCCACUUUCCAUCACCCUCCCCAUUCUCCCGCUUUCCAUCACCUCGCCCCAUUCUCCCGCCCCCAUUCUCCCGCUUUCCAUCACCCCGCCCCAUUCUCCCGCUUUCCAUCACCCCGCCCCAUUCUCCCGCUUUCCAUCACCCCGCCCCAUUCUCCCUCCUUCCAUCACCCCGCCCCAUUCUCCCGCUUUCCAUCACCCCGCCCCAUUCUCCCUCCUUCCAUCACCCCCCCAUUCUCUCGCUUUCCAUCACCCCGCCCCCUUCUUCCUCCUUCCAUCACCCGCCCCAUUCUCCCGCUUUCGAUCACCCCGCUCCAUUCUCCCGCUUUCCAUCUCCCUUCCCCAUUCUCCCGCUUUCCAUCACCCCGCCCCAUUCUCCCGCUUUCCAUCACCCCGCCCCAUUCUCCCGCUUCCCAUCAUCCCGCCCCAUUCCCCCGCUUUCCAUCACCCCUCCCCAUUCUCCCUCCUUCCAUCACCCCGCCCCAUUCUCCCGCUUUCCAUCACCCCGCCCCAUUCUCCCUCCUUCCAUCACCCCGCCCCAUUCUCCCUCCUUCCAUCACCCCGCCCCAUUCUCCCGCUUUCCAUCACCCCGCCCCAUUCUCCCGCUUCCCAUAACCCCAACCCAUUCUCCUGCUUUCCAUCACCCCGCCACAAUCUUCCACUUUCCAUCACCCCGCACCCUUCUCUCUCCUUCCAUCACCCCGCCCCAUUCUCCCUCUUUCCAUCACCCCGCCCCAUUCUCCCGCUUUCCAUCAGCCCGCCCCAUUCUCCCGCUUUCCAUCACCCCUCCCCUUUCUCCCCCUUUCCAUCUCCCCGCCCCAUUCUCCCGCUUUCCAUCACCCCGCCCCAUUCUCCCGCUUUCCAUCACCCCGCCCCAUUCUUCCGCUUCCCAUCAUCCCGCCCCAUUCCCCCGCUUUCCAUCACCCCUCCCCAUUCUCCCUCCUUCUAUCACCCCGCCCCAUUCUCUCGCUUUCCAUCACCCCGCCCCAUUCUCCCGCUUUCCAUCACCCCGACCCAUUCUCCCGCUUUCCAUCACCCCGCCCCAUUCUCCCUCCUUCCAUCACCCCGCCCCAUUCUCCCGCUUUCCAUCCCCCCGCCCCAUUCUCCCUCCUUCCAUCACCCCGCCCCUUUCUCCCGCUUUCCAUCUCCCCGCCCCAUUCUCCCGCUUUCCAUCACCCGCCCCAUUCUCCCGCUUUCCAUCACCUCGCCCCAUUCUCCCGCUUUCCAUCACCCCGCCCCAUUCUUCUGCUUUCUAUCACCCCGCCCCAUUCUCCCGCUUUCCAUCACCCUGCCCCAUUCACCCGCUUUCCAUCACCGGCCCCAUUCUCCCGCUUUCCAUCACCCCGCCCCAUUCUCCCACUUUCCAUCACCCCGCCCCAUUCUCCCGCUUUUCAUCACCCCGCCCCAUUCUCCCGCUUUCCAACACCCCGGCCCAUUCUCUCGCUUUCCAUCACCCCGCCCCCUUCUUCCUCCUUCCAUCACCCCGCCCCGUUCUCCCUCCUUCCUUCACCCCGCCCCAUUCUCCCGCUUUCCAUCACCCUGCCCCAUUCUCCCGCUUUCCAUCACCCCGCACCAUUCUCCCGCUUUCCAUCACCCCGCCCCAUUCUCCCGCUUUCCAUCACCCCGCCCCAUUCUCCCGCUUUCCAUCACCCCGCGCCAUUCUCCCACUAACCAUCACCCCGCCCCUUUCUCCCACUAACCAUCACCCCGCCCCUUUCUCCCGCUUUCCAUCUCCCUGCCCCAUUCUCCCGCUUUCCAUCACCCCGCCCCAUUCUCCCGCUUUCCAUCACCCCGCCCCAUUCUCCCGCUUCCCAUCAUCCCGCCCCAUUCCCCCGCUCUCCAUCACCCCUCCCCAUUCUCCCUCCUUCCAUCACCCCGCCCCAUUCUCCCGCUUUCCAUUACACGCCCCAUUCUCCCGCUUUCCAUCACCUCGCCCCAUCUCCCGCUUUCCAUCACCCCGCCCCAUUCUCUUGCUUUCCAUCACCCCGCCCCAUUCACCCGCUUUCCAUCACCUGCCCCAUUCUCCCACUUUCCAUCACCCCGCCCCAUUCUCCCACUUUCCAUCACCCCGCCCCAUUCUCCCGCUUUUCAUCACCCCGCCCCAUUCUCCCGCUUUCCAACACCCCGCCCCAUUCUCCCGCUUUCCAUCAACCCGCCCCAUUCUUCCGCUUCCCAUCAUCCCGCCCCAUUCCCCCGCUUUCCAUCACCCCUCCCCAUUCUCCCUCCUUCCAUCACCCCGCCCCUUUCUCCCGCUUUCCAUCUCCCCGCCCCAUUCUCCCGCUUUCCAUCACCCGCCCCAUUCUCCCGCUUUCCAUCACCUCGCCCCAUUCUCCCGCUCUCCAUCACCCCGCCCCAUUCUUCUGCUUUCCAUCACCCCGCCCUAUUCUCCCGCUUUCCAUCACCCUGCCCCAUUCACCCGCUUUCCAUCACCCGCCCCAUUCUCCCGCUUUCCAUCACCCCGCCCCAUUCUCCCGCUUUCCAUCACCCCGCCCCAUUCUCCCGCUUUUCAUCACCCCGCCCCAUUCUCCCGCUUUCCAACACCCCGGCCCAUUCUCUCGCUUUCCAUCACCCCGCCCCCUUCUUCCUCUUUCCACCACCCCGCCCCGUUCUCCCUCCUUCCUUCACCCCGCCCCAUUCUCCCGCUUUCCAUCACCCUGCCCCAUUCUCCCGCUUUCCAUCACCCCGCACCAUUCUCCCGCUUUCCAUCACCCCGCCCCAUUCUCCCGCUUUCCAUCACCCCGCCCCAUUCUCCCGCUUUCCAUCACCCUGCGCCAUUCUUCCGCUUUCCAUCACCCCGCCCCCUUCUCCCUCCUUCCAUCACCCCGCCCCAUUCUCCCUCCUUCCAUCACCCCGCCCCAUUCUCCCGCUUUCCAUCAGCCCGCCCCAUUCUCCCGCUUUCCAACACCCCGGCCCAUUCUCUCGCUUUCCAUCACCCCGCCCCCUUCUUCCUCCUUCCAUCACCCCGCCCCGUUCUCCCUCCUUCCUUCACCCCGCCCCAUUCUCCCGCUUUCCAUCACCCUGCCCCAUUCUCCCGCUUUCCAUCACCCCGCACCAUUCUCCCGCUUUCCAUCACCCCGCCCCAUUCUCCCGCUUUCCAUCACCGCGCCCCAUUCUCCCGCUUUCCAUCACCCCGCGCCAUUCUCCCACUAACCAUCACCCCGCCCCUUUCUCCCACUAACCAUCACCCCGCCCCUUUCUCCCGCUUUCCAUCUCCCUGCCCCAUUCUCCCGCUUUCCAUCACCCCGCCCCAUUCUCCCGCUUUCCAUCACCCCGCCCCAUUCUCCCGCUUCCCAUCAUCCCGCCCCAUUCCCCCGCUCUCCAUCACCCCUCCCCAUUCUCCCUCCUUCCAUCACCCCGCCCCAUUCUCCCGCUUUCCAUUACACGCCCCAUUCUCCCGCUUUCCAUCACCUCGCCCCAUCUCCCGCUUUCCAUCACCCCGCCCCAUUCUCUUGCUUUCCAUCACCCCGCCCCAUUCACCCGCUUUCCAUCACCUGCCCCAUUCUCCCACUUUCCAUCACCCCGCCCCAUUCUCCCACUUUCCAUCACCCCGCCCCAUUCUCCCGCUUUUCAUCACCCCGCCCCAUUCUCCCGCUUUCCAACACCCCGCCCCAUUCUCCCGCUUUCCAUCAACCCGCCCCAUUCUUCCGCUUCCCAUCAUCCCGCCCCAUUCCCCCGCUUUCCAUCACCCCUCCCCAUUCUCCCUCCUUCCAUCACCCCGCCCCUUUCUCCCGCUUUCCAUCUCCCCGCCCCAUUCUCCCGCUUUCCAUCACCCGCCCCAUUCUCCCGCUUUCCAUCACCUCGCCCCAUUCUCCUGCUUUCCAUCACCCCGCCCCAUUCUUCUGCUUUCCAUCACCCCGCCCCAUUCUCCCGCUUUCCAUCACCCUGCCCCAUUCACCCGCUUUCCAUCACCCGCCCAAAUCUCCCGCUUUCCAUCACCCCGCCCCAUUCUCCCGCUUUCCAUCACCCCGCCCCAUUCUCCCGCUUUUCAUCACCCCGCCCCAUUCUCCCGCUUUCCAACACCCCGGCCCAUUCUCUCGCUUUCCAUCACCCCGCCCCCUUCUUCCUCUUUCCACCACCCCGCCCCGUUCUCCCUCCUUCCUUCACCCCGCCCCAUUCUCCCGCUUUCCAUCACCCUGCCCCAUUCUCCCGCUUUCCAUCACCCCGCACCGUUCUCCCGCUUUCCAUCACCCCGCCCCAUUCUCCCGCUUUCCAUCACCCCGCCCCAUUCUCCCGCUUUCCAUCACCCCGCGCCAUUCUUCCGCUUUCCAUCACCCCGCCCCCUUCUCCCUCCUUCCAUCACCCCGCCCCAUUCUCCCUCCUUCCAUCACCCCGCCCCAUUCUCCCGCUUUCCAUCAGCCCGCCCCAUUCUCCCGCUUUCCAUCACCCCGCCCCUUUCUCCCGCUUUCCAUCUCCCUGCCCCAUUCUCCCGCUUUCCAUCACCUCGCCCCAUUCUCCCGCUUUCCAUCACCCCGCCCCAUUCUCCCGCUUCCCAUCAUCCCGCCCCGUUCCCCCGCUUUCCAUCACCCCUCCCCAUUCUCCCUCCUUCCAUCACCCCGCCCCAUUCUCCCGCUUUCCAUUACACGCCCCAUUCUCCCGCUUUCCAUCACCUCGCCCCAUCUCCCGCUUUCCAUCACCCCGCCCCAUUCUCCUGCUUUCCAUCACCCCGCCCCAUUCACCCACUUUCCAUCACCCGCCCAAUUCUCCCGCCUUCCAUCACCCCGCCCCAUUCUCCCACUUUCCAUCACCCCGCCUCAUUUUCCCGCUUUCUAUCACCCUGCCCCAUUCUCACACUUUCCAUCACCCUGCCCCAAUCUCCCGCAUUCCAUCACCCCGCCCCAUUCUCCCUCCUUCCAUCACCCCGCCCCAUUCUCCCGCUUUCCAUCACCCCGCCCCAUUCUCCCGCUUUCCAUAACCUCGCCCCAUUAUCCCUCCUUCUAUCACCCGCCCCGUUCUCCCUCCUUCCAUCACCCCGCCCCUUUCUCCUUCCUUCCAUCACCCCGCCCUAUUCUCCCGCUUUCCAACAGCCCGCCCCAUUCUCCCGCUUUCCAUCACCCCGCCCCAUUCUCCCGCUUUCCAUCACCCCGCCCCAUUCUCCCGCUUUCCAUCACCCCGCCCCAUUCUCCCGCUUUCCAUCACCCCGCCCCAUUCUCCCGCUUUCCGUCACCCCGCCCUAUUCUCCCGCUUUCCAUCACCCCGCUCCAUUCUCCCGCUUUCCAUCACCCCGCCCCAUUCUCCCGCUUUCCAUCUCCCCGCCCCAUUCUCCCUCCUUCCAUCACCCCGCCUCAUUCUACCUCCUUCCAUCACCCCGCCCCAUGCUCCCGCUUUCCAUCAUCCCGCCCCAUUCUCCCACUUUCCAUCACCCCGCCCCAUUCUCCCUCCUUCCAUCACCCCGCCCCAUUCUCCCGCUUUCCAUCAGCCCACCCCAUUCUCCCGCUUUCCAUCUCCCCGCCCCAUUCUACCUCCUUCCAUUACCCCGCUACAUGCUCCCACUUUCCAUCACCCCGCCCCAUUCUCCCGCUUUCCAUCACCCCGCCCCAUUCUCCCUCCUUCCAUCACACCGCCCCAUUCUCCCGCUUUCCAUCACCGCGCCCCAUUCUCCCACUUUCCAUCACCCCGCCCCAUUCUCCCGUUUUCCAUCACCCCGCCCCAUUCUCCCUCCUUCCAUCACCCCGCCCCAUUCUCCCGCUUUCCAUCACCCCGCCCCAUUCUCCCUCCUUCCAUCACCCUGCCCCAUUCUCCCGCUUUCCAUCACCCCGCGCUCCGCCCCCUUCUCCCUCCUUCCAUCACCCCGCCCCAUUCUUCCUCCUUCCAUCACCCCGCCCCAUUCUCCAGCUUUCCAUCAGCCCGCCCCUUUCUCCCGCUUUCCAUCUCCCUGCCCCAUUCUCCCUCCUUCCAUCACCCCGCCCCCUUCUCCCUCCUUCCAUCACCCCGCCCCAUUCUUCCGCUUUCCAUCACCCCGCCCCAUUCUCCAGCUUUCCAUCAGCCCGCCCCUUUCUCCCGCUUUCCAUCUCCCUGCCCCAUUCUCCCUCCUUCCAUCACCCCGCCCCCUUCUCCCUCCUUCCAUCACCCCGCCCCCUUCUCCCUCCUUCCAUCACCCCGCCCCAUUCUUCCUCCUUCCAUCACCCCGCCCCAUUCUCCAGCUUUCCAUCAGCCCGCCCCUUUCUCCCGCUUUCCAUCUCCCUGCCCCAUUCUCCCGCUUUCCAUCAACCCGCCCCAUUCUCCCGCUUUCCAUCACCCCGCCCCAUUCUCCCGCUUUCCAUCACCCCGCCCUAUUCUUCUGCUUUCCAUCACCCCGCCCCAUUCUCCUGCUUUCCAUCACCCCGCCCCAUUCACCCGCUUUCCAUCACCCCGCCCUAUUCUUCUGCUUUCCAUCACCCCGCCCCAUUCUCUCGCUUUCCAUCACCCCGCACCCUUCUUCCUCCUUCCAUCACCCGCCCCAUUCUCCCGCUUUCCAUCACCCCGCCCCAUUCUCCCGCUUCCCAUCACCCCGCUUCAUUCUCCCGCUUUCCAUCACCCCGCCCCAUUCUCCCGCUUCCCAUAACCCCACCCCAUUCUCCCGAUUUCCAUCACCCCGCCACAUUUUCCCACUUUCCAUCACCCCGCCCCCUUCUCUCUCCUUCCAUCACCCCGCCCCAUUCUCCCUCCUUCCAUCACCCCGCCCCAUUCUCCCGCUUUCCAUCAGCCCGCCCCAUUCUCCCGCUUUCCAUCACCCCGCCCCUUUCUCCCGCUUUCCAUCUCCCCGCCCCAUUCUCCCGCUUUCCAUCACACGGCCCCAUUCUCCCGCUUUCCAUCACCCCGCCCCAUUCUUCCGCUUCCCAUCAUCCCGCCCCAUUCCCCCGCUUUCCAUCACCCCUCCCCAUUCUCCCUCCUUCCAUCACCCCGACCCAUUCUCCCACUUUCCAUCACCCGCCCCAUUCUCCCGCUUUCCAUCACCUCGCCCCACUCUCCCGCUUUCCAUCACCCCGCCCCAUUCUUCUGCUUUCCAUCACCCCGCCCCAUUCUCCCGCUUUCCAUCACCCUGCCCCAUUCUCCCGAUUUCCAUCACCCCGCCCCAUUCUCCCGCUUUCCAUCACCCGCCCCAUUCUCCCGCUUUCCAUCACUCCGCCCCAUUCUCCCGCUUUCCAUCACCCGCCCCAUUCUCCCGCUUUUCAUCACCCCGCCCCAUUCUCCCGCUUUCCAACACCCCUGCCCAUUCUCUCGCUUACCAUCACCCCGCCCCCUUCUUCCUCCUUCCAUCACCCCGCCCCAUUCUCCCUCCUUCCUUCACCCCGCCCCAUUCUCCCGCUUUCCAUCACCCUGCCCCAUUCUCCCGCUUUCCAUCACCCCGCCCCAUUCUCCCGCUUUUCCAUCACCCCGUCCCAUUCUCCCUCCUUCCAUCACCCCGCCCCAUUCUCCCGCUUUCCAUCACCCCGCCCCAUUCUCCCGCUUUCCAUCACCCCGCCCUCUUCUCCCUCCUUCCAUCACCCCGCCCCAUUCUCCCUCCUUCCAUCACCCCGCCCCAUUCUCCCGCUUUCCAUCAGCCCGCCCCAUUCUCCCGCUUUCCAUCACCCCGCCCCUUUCUCCCGCUGUCCAUCUCCGUGCCCCAUUCUCCCGCUUUCCAUCACCCCGCCCCAUUCUCCCGCUUUCCAUCACCCCGCCCCAUUCUCCCGCUUCCCAUCAUCCCGCCCCAUUCUCCCGCUUUCUAUCACCCCGCCCCAUUCUCCCUCCUUCCAUCACCCCGCCCCAUUCUCCCGCUUUCCAUCACCCCGCCCCAUUCUCCCGCUUUCCACCACCCUACCCCCUUCUCCCUCCUUCCAUCACCCCGCCCCAUUCUCCCUCCUUCCAUCACCCCGCCCCAUUCUCCCGCUUUCCAUCAGCCCGCCCCACUCUCCCGCUUUCCAUCACCCCGCCCCUUUCUCCCGCUUUCCAUCUCCCUACCCCAUUCUCCCGCUUUCCAUCACCCCGCCCCAUUCUCCCGCUUUCCAUCACCCCGCCCCAUUCUCCCGCUUCCCAUCAUCCCGCCCCAUUCCCCCGCUUUCCAUCACCCCUCCCCAUUCUCCCCUCUUCCAUCACCCCGCCCCAUUCUCCCGCUUUCCAUCACCCCGCCCCAUUCUCCCUCCUUCCAUCACCCCGCCCCAUUCUCCCUCCUUCCAUCACCCCGCCCCAUUCUCCCGCUUUCCAUCACCCCGCCCCAUUCUCCCGCUUCCCAUAACCCCACCCCAUUCUCACGCUUUCCAUCACCCCGCCACAAUCUUCCACUUUCCAUCAACCCGCCCCCUUCUCUCUCCUUCCAUCACCCCGCCCCAUUCUCCCUCCUUCCAUCACCCAGCCCCAUUCUCCCGCUUUCCAUCAGCUCGCCCCAUUCUCCCGCUUUCCAUCACCCCUCCCCAUUUCUCCCGCUUUCCAUCUCCCCGGCCCAUUCUCCCGCUUUCCAUCACCCCGCCCCAUUCUCCCGCUUUCCAUCACCCCGCCCCAUUCUUCCGCUUCCCAUCAUCCCGCCCCAUUCCCCCGCUUUCCAUCACCCCUCCCCAUUCUCCCUCCUUCUAUCACCCCGCCCCAUUCUCUCACUUUCCAUCACCCCGCCCCAUUCUCCCGCUUUCCAUCACCCCGACCCAUUCUCCCGCUUUCCAUCACCCCGCCCCAUUCUCCCUCCUUCCAUCACCCCGCCCCAUUCUCCCGCUUUCCAUCACCCCGCCCCAUUCUCCCUCCUUCCAUCACCCCGCCCCAUUCUCCCUCCUUCCUUCACCCCGCCCCAUUCUCCCGCUUUCCAUCACCCUGCCCCAUUCUCCCGCUUUCCAUCACCCCGCCCCAUUCUCCCGCUUUUCCAUCACCCCGCCCCAUUCUCCCUCCUUCCAUCACCCCGCCCCAUUCUCCCGCUUUCCAUCACCCCGCCCCAUUCUCCCACUUUCCAUCAGCCCGCCCCCUUCUCCCUCCUUCCAUCACCCCGCCCCAUUCUCCCUCCUUCCAUCACCCCGCCCCAUUCUGCCGCUUUCCAUCAGCCCGCCCCAUUCUCCCGCUUUCCAUCACCCCGCCCCUUUCUCCCGCUUUCCAUCUCCCUGCCCCAUUCUCCAGCUUUCCAUCACCCCGCCCCAUUCUCCCGCUUUCCAUCACCCCGCCCCAUUCUCCCGCUUCCCAUCAUCCCGCCCCAUUCUCCCGCUUUCUAUCACCCCGCCCCAUUCUCCCUCCUUCCAUCACCCCGCCCCAUUCUCCCGCUUUCCAUCACCCCGCCCCAUUCUCCCGCUUUCCACCACCCCGCCCCCUUCUCCCUCCUUCCAUCACCCCGCCCCAUUCUCCCUCCUUCCAUCACCCCGCCCCAUUCUCCCGCUUUCCAUCAGCCCGCCCCAUUCUCCCGCUUUCCAUCACCCCGCCCCUUUCUCCCGCUUUCCAUCUCCCUGCCCCAUUCUCCCGCUUUCCAUCACCCCGCCCCAUUCUCCCGCUUUCCAUCACCCCGCCCCAUUCUCCCGCUUCCCAUCAUCCCGCCCCAUUCCCCCGCUUUCCAUCAGCCCGCCCCCUUCUCCCUCCUUCCAUCACCCCGCCCCAUUCUCCCUCCUUCCAUCACCCCGCCCCAUUCUCCCGCUUUCCAUCAGCCCGCCCCAUUCUCCCGCUUUCCAUCACCCCGCCCCUUUCUCCCGCUUUCCAUCUCCCUGCCCCAUUCUCCAGCUUUCCAUCACCCCGCCCCAUUCUCCCGCUUUCCAUCACCCCGCCCCAUUCUCCCGCUUCCCAUCAUCCCGCCCCAUUCUCCCGCUUUCUAUCACCCCGCCCCAUUCUCCCUCCUUCCAUCACCCCGCCCCAUUCUCCCGCUUUCCAUCACCCCGCCCCAUUCUCCCGCUUUCCACCACCCCGCCCCCUUCUCCCUCCUUCCAUCACCCCGCCCCAUUCUCCCUCCUUCCAUCACCCCGCCCCAUUCUCCCGCUUUCCAUCAGCCCGCCCCAUUCUCCCGCUUUCCAUCACCCCGCCCCUUUCUCCCGCUUUCCAUCUCCCUGCCCCAUUCUCCCGCUUUCCAUCACCCCGCCCCAUUCUCCCGCUUUCCAUCACCCCGCCCCAUUCUCCCGCUUCCCAUCAUCCCGCCCCAUUCCCCCGCUUUCCAUCACCCCUCCCCAUUCUCCCCUCUUCCAUCACCCCACCCCAUUCUCCCGCCUUCCAUCACCCCACCCCAUUCUCCCGCCUUCCAUCACCCCGCCCCAUUCUCCCUCCUUCCAUCACCCGGCCCCAUUCUCCCUCCUUCCAUCACCCCGCCCCAUUCUCCCGCUUUCCAUCACCCCGCCCCAUUCUUCCGCUUCCCAUCAUCCCGCCCCAUUCCCCCGCUUUCCAUCACCCCUCCCCAUUCUCCCUCCUUCUAUCACCCCGCCCCAUUCUCUCACUUUCCAUCACCCCGCCCCAUUCUCCCGCUUUCCAUCACCCCGACCCAUUCUCCCGCUUUCUAUCACCCCGCCCCAUUCUCCCUCCUUCCAUCACCCCGGCCCAUUCUCCCGAUUUCCAUCACCCCGCCCCAUUCUCCCUCCUUCCAUCACCCCGCCCCAUUCUCCCUCAUUCCAUCACCCCGCUCCAUUCUCCCGCUUUCCAUCACCCCGCGCCAUUCUCCCGCUUCCCAUAACCCCACCCCAUUCUCCCGCUUUCCAUCACCCCGCCACAUUUUCCCACUUUCCAUCACCCCGCCCCCUUCUCUCUCCUUCCAUCACCCCGCCCCAUUCUCCCUCCUUCCAUCACCCCGCCCCAUUCUCCCGCUUUCCAUCAGCCCGCCCCAUUCUCCCGCUUUCCAUCACCCCGCCCCUUUCUCCCGCUUUCCAUCUCCCCGCCCCAUUCUCCCGCUUUCCAUCAGACCGCCCCAUUCUCCCGCUUUCCAUCACCCCGCCCCAUUCUUCCGCUUCCCAUCAUCCCGCCCCAUUCCCCCGCUUUCCAUCACCCCUCCCCAUUCUCCCUCCUUCCAUCACCCCGCCCCUUUCUCCCGCUUUCCAUCUCCCGCCCCAUUCUCCCGCUUUCCAUCACCCGCCCCAUUCUCCCGCUUUCCAUCACCUCGCCCCAUUAUCCCGCUUUCCAUCACCCCGCCCCAUUCUUCUGCUUUCCAUCACCCCGCCCCAUUCUCCCGCUUUCCAUCACCCUGCCCCAUUCACCCGCUUUCCAUCACCCGCCCCAUUCUCCCGCUUUCCAUCACACCGCCCCAUUCUCCCGCUUUCCAUCACCCCGCCCCAUUCUCCCGCUUUUCGUCACCCCGCCCCAUUCUCCCGCUUUCCAACACCCCGGCCCAUUCUCUCGCUUUCCAUCACCCCGCCCCCUUCUUCCUCCUUCCAUCACCCCGCCCCAUUCUCCCUCCUUCCUUCACCCCGCCCCAUUCUCCCGCUUUCCAUCACCCUGCCCCCAUUCCUCCGCUUUCCAUCACCCCGCACCAUUCUCCCACUUUCCAUCACCCCGCCCCAUUCUCCCGCUUUCCAUCACCCUGCCCCAUUCUCCCGCUUUCCAUCACCCCGCUCCAUUCUUCCCCUUUCCAUCACCCCGCCCCCUUCUCCCUCCUUCCAUCACCCCGCCCCAUUCUCCCUCCUUCCAUCACCCCGCCCCAUUCUCCCGCUUUCCAUUACCCGCCCCAUUCUCCCGCUUUCCAUCACCUCGCCCCAUCUCCCGCAUUCCAUCACCCCGCCCUAUUCUUUUGCUUUCCAUCACCCCGCCCCAUUCUCCUGCUUUCCAUCACCCCGCCCCAUUCACCCACUUUCCAUCACCCCGCCCUUUUCUUCUGCUUUCCAUCACCCCGCCCCAUUCUCUCGCUUUCCAUCACCCCGCACCCUUCUUCCUCCUUCCAUCACCCGCCCCAUUCUCCCGCUUUCCAUCACCCCGCCCCAUUCUCCCGCUUUCCAUCACCCCGCUUCAUUCUCCCGCUUUCCAUCACCCCGCCCCAUUCUCCCGCUUCCCAUAACCCCGCCCCAUUCUCCGGCUUUCCAUCACCUCGCCACAUUUUUCUCACUUUCCAUCACCCCGCCCCCUUCUCUCUCCUUCCAUCACCCCGCCCCAUUCUCCCUCCUUCCAUCACCCCGCCCCAUUCUCCUGCUUUCCAUCAGCCCGCCCCAUUCUCCCGCUUUCCAUCACCCCGCCCCUUUCUCCCGCUUUCCAUCUCCCUGCCCCAUUCUCCCGCUUUCCAUCACACGGCCCCAUUCUCCCGCUUUCCAUCACCCCGCCCCAUUCUUCCGCUUCCCAUCAUCCCGCCCCAUUCCCCCGCUUUCCAUCACCCCUCCCCAUUCUCCCUCCUUCCAUCACCCCGCCCCAUUCUCCCACUUUCCAUCACCCGCCCCAUUCUCCCGCUUUCCAUCACCUCGCCCCACUCUCCCGCUUUCUAUCACCCUGCCCCAUUCUUCUGCUUUCCAUCACCCCGCCCUAUUCUCCCGCUUUCCAUCACCCUGCCCCAUUCUCCCGCUUUCCAUCACCCCGCCCCAUUCUCCCGCUUUCCAUCACCCGCCCCAUUCUCCCGCUUUCCAUCACCCCGCCCCAUUCUCCCGCUUUCCAUCAUCCCGCCCCAUUCUCCCGCUUUUCAUCACCCCGCCCCAUUCUCCCGCUUUCCAACACCCCAGCCCAUUCUCUCGCUUACCAUCACCCCGCCCCCUUCUUCCUCCUUCCAUCACCCCGCCCCAUUCUCCCUCCUUCCUUCACCCCGCCCCAUUCUCCCGCUUUCCAUCACCCUGCCCCAUUCUCCCGCUUUCCAUCACCCCGCCCCAUUCUCCCGCUUUUCCAUCACCCCGCCCCAUUCUCCCUCCUUCCAUCACCCCGCCCCAUUCUCCCGCUUUCCAUCACCCCGCCCCAUUCUCCCGCUUUCCAUCACCCCGCCCCCUUCUCCCUCCUUCCAUCACCCCGCCCCAUUCUCCCUCCUUCCAUCACCCCGCCCCAUUCUCCCGCUUUCCAUCAGCCCGCCCCAUUCUCCCGCUUUCCAUCACCCCGCCCCUUUCUCCCGCUUUCCAUCUCCGUGCCCCAUUCUCCCGCUUUCCAUCACCCCGCCCCAUUCUCCCGCUUUCCAUCACCCCGCCCCAUUCUCCCGCUUCCCAUCAUCCCGCCCCAUUCUCCCGCUUUCUAUCACCCCGCCCCAUUCUCCCUCCUUCCAUCACCCCGCCCCAUUCUCCCGCUUUCCAUCACCCCGCCCCAUUCUCCCGCUUUCCACCACCCCGCCCCCUUCUCCCUCCUUCCAUCACCUCGCCCCAUUCUCCCUCCUUCCAUCACCCCGCCCCAUUCUCCCGCUUUCCAUCAGCCCGCCCCAUUCUCCCACUUUCCAUCACCCCGCCCCUUUCUCCCACUUUCCAUCUCCCUGCCCCAUUCUCCCGCUUUCCAUCACCCCGCCCCAUUCUCCCGCUUUCCAUCACCCCGCCCCAUUCUCCCGCUUCCCAUCAUCCCGCCCCAUUCCCCCGCUUUCCUUCACCCCUCCCCAUUCUCCCCUCUUCCAUCACCCCGCCCCAUUCUCCCGCUUUCCAUCACCCCGCCCCAUUCUCCCUCCUUUUAUCACCCCGCCCCAUUCUCCCUCCUUCCAUCACCCCGCCCCAUUCUCCCGCUUUCCAUCACCCAGCCCCAUUCUCCCGCUUCCCAUAACCCCACCCCAUUCUCACGCUUUCCAUCACCCCCCCACAUUCUUCCACUUUCCAUCACCCCGCCCCCUUCUCUCUCCUUCCAUCACCCCGCCCCAUUCUCCCUCCUUCCAUCACCCCGCCCCAUUCUCCCGCUUUCCAUCAGCUCGCCCCAUUCUCCCGCUUUCCAUCACCCCUCCCCUUUCUCCCGCUUUCCAUCUCCCCGCCCCGUUCUCCCGCUUUCCAUCACCCCGCCCCAUUCUCCCGCUUUCCAUCACCCCGCCCCAUUCUUCCGCUUCCCAUCAUCCCGCCGCAUCCCCCCACUUUCCAUCACCCCUCCCCAUUCUCCCUCCUUCUAUCACCCCGCCCCAUUCUCUCACUUUCCAUCACCCCGCCCCAUUCUCCCGCUUUCCAUCACCCCGACCCAUUCUCCCGCUUUCCAUCACCCCGCCCCAUUCUCCCUCCUUCCAUCACCCCGCCCCAUUCUCCCGCUUUCCAUCACCCCGCCCCAUUCUCCAUCCUUCCAUCACCCUGCCCCAUUCUCCCUCAUUCCAUCACCCCGCUCCAUUCUCCCGCUUUCCAUCACCCCGCGCCAUUCUCCCGCUUCCCAUAACCCCACCCCAUUCUCCCGCUUUCCAUCACCCCGCCACAUUUUCCCACUUUCCAUCACCCCGCCCCAUUCUCCCUCCUUCCAUCACCCCGCCCCAUUCUCCCGCUUUCCAUCACCCCGCCCCAUUCUCCCGCUUUCCAUCACCCCGCCCCCUACUCCCUCCUUCCAUCACCCCGCCCCAUUCUCCCUCCUUCCAUCACCCCGCCCCAUUCUCCCGCUUUCCAUCAGCCCGCCCCAUUCUCCAGCUUUCCAUCACCCCGCCCCUUUCUCCCGCUUUCCAUCUCCCCGCCCCAUUCUCCCGCUUUCCAUCAGACCGCCCCAUUCUCCCGCUUUCCAUCACCCCGCCCCAUUCUUCCGCUUCCCAUCAUCCCGCCCCAUUCCCCCGCUUUCCAUCACCCCUCCCCAUUCUUCCUCCUUCCAUCACCCUGCCCCUUUCUCCCGCUUUCCAUCUCCCCGCCCCAUUCUCCCGCUUUCCAUCAGACCGCCCCAUUCUCCCGCUUUCCAUCACCCCGCCCCAUUCUUCUGCUUUCCAUCACCCCGCCCCAUUCACCCGCUUUCCAUCACCCUGCCCCAUUCACCCGCUUUCCAUCAUCCGCCCCAUUCUCCCGCUUUCCAUCACACCGCCCCAUUCUCCCGCUUUCCAUCACCCCGCCCCAUUCUCCCGCUUUUCAUCACCCCGCCCCAUUCUCCCGCUUUCCAACACCCCGGCCCAUUCUCUCGCUUUCCAUCACCCCGCCCCCUUCUUCCUCUUUCCAUCACCCCGCCCCAUUCUCCCUCCUUCCUUCACCCCGCCCCAUUCUCCCGCUUUUCAUCACCCUGCCCCAUUCCUCCGCUUUCCAUCACCCCGCACCAUUCUCCCACUUUCCAUCACCCCGCCCCAUUCUCCCGCUUUCCAUCACCCUGCCCCAUUCUCCCGCUUUCCAUCACCCCGCGCCAUUCUUCCGCUUUCCAUCACCCCGCCCCCUUCUCCCUCCUUCCAUCACCCCGCCCCAUUCUCCCUCCUUCCAUCACUCCCCAUUCUCCCGCUUUCCAUCAGCCCGCCCCAUUCUCCCGCUUUCCAUCACCCCGCCCCUUUCUCCCGCUUUCCAUCUCCCUGCCCCAUUCUCCCGCUUUCCAUCACCCCGCCCCAUUCUCCCGCUUUCCAUCACCCCGCCCCAUUCUCCCGCUUCCCAUCAUCCCGCCCCAUUCCCCCGCUUUCCAUCACCCCUCCCCAUUCUCCCUCCUUCCAUCACCCUGCCCCAUUCUCCCGCUUUCCAUUACACGCCCCAUUCUCCCGCUUUCCAUCACCCCGCCCCAUUCUCCUGCUUUCCAUCACCCAGCCCCAUUCACCCGCUUUCCAUCACCCGCCCCAUUCUCCCGCUUUCCAUCACCCCGCCCCAUUCUCCCACUUUCCAUCACCCCGCCCCAUUCUCCCGCUUUUCAUCACCCCGCCCCAUUCUCCCGCUUUCCAACACCCCGCCCCAUUCUCCCGCUUUCCAUCACCCCGCCCCAUUCUCCCGCUUUCCAUCACCCCGCCCCAUUCUCCCUCCUUCCAUCACCCCGCCUCAUUCUCCCUGCUUCCAUCACCCCGCCCCAUUCUCCCGCUUUCCAUCACCCCGCCCCGUUCUCCCGCUUUCCAUCACCCAGCCCCAUUCUCCCACUUUCCAUCACCCCGCCCCAUUUUCCCGCUUUCUAUCACCCUGCCCCAUUCUCACGCUUUCCAUCACCCUGCCCCAUUCUCACGCUUUCCAUCACCCUGCCCCAUUCUCCCGCUUUCCAUAACCCCGCCCCAUUCUCCCUCCUUCCAUCAGCCGCCCCGUUCUCCCUCCUUCCAUCACCCCGCCCCUUUCUCCCUCCUUCCAUCACCCCGCCCUAUUCUCCCGCUUUCCAUCAGCCCGCCCCAUUCUCCCGCUUUCCAUCACCCCACCCCAUUCUCCCGCCUUCCAUCACCCCGCCCCAUUCUCCCGCUUUCCAUCACCCCGCCUCAUUCUCCCGCUUUCGAUCACCCCACCCCAUUCUCUCGCUUUCCAUCACCCCGCCCCAUUCUCCCGCUUUCCAUCUCCCCGCCCCAUUCUCCCUCCUUCCAUCACCCCGCCUCAUUCUACCUCCUUCCAUCACCCCGCCCCAUGCUCCCGCUUUCCAUCACCCCGCCCCAUUCUACCGCUUUCCAUCACCCCGCCCCAUUCUCCCUCCUUCCAUCACCCCGCCCCAUUCUCCUGCUUUCCAUCAGCCCACCCCAUCCUCCCGCUUUCCAUCUCCCCGCCCCAUUCUCCCUCCUUCCAUCACCCCGCCUCAUUUUACCUCCUUUCAUCACCCCGCCCCAUGCUCCCGCUUUCCAUCACACCGCCCCAUUCUCCCGCUUUCGAUCACCGCGCCCCAUUCUCCUGCUUUCCAUCACCCCGCCCCAUUCUCCCGCUUUCCAUCACCCCGCCCCAUUCUCCCUCCUUCCAUCACCCCGCCCCAUUCUCCCGCUUUCCAUCACCCCGCGCUAUUCUCCCUCCUUCCAUCACCCCGCCCCAUUCUCCCGCUUUCCAUCACCCCGCCCCAUUCUCCCGCUUCCCAUAACCCCACCUCAUUCUCCCGCUUUCCAUCACCCCGCCACAUUCUCCCGCUUUCCAUCACCCCGCCCUAUUUUCCAUCCUUCCAUCACCCCGCCCCGUUCUCCCGCUUUUCAUCACCCCGCCCCAUUCUCCCGCUUUCCAUCACGCCGCCCCCUUCUCCCUCCUUCCAUCACCCCGCCCCAUUCUCCCUCCUUCCAUCACCCCGCCCCAUUCUCCCGCUUUCCAUCAGCCCGCCUCUUUCUCCUGCUUUCCAUCUCCCUGCCCCAUUCUCCCGCUUCCCAUCAUCCCGCCCCGUUCCCCCGCUUUCCAUCACCCCUCCCCAUUCUCCCUCCUUCUAUCACCCCGCCCCAUUCUCGAGCUUUCCAUUACCCGCCCCAUUCUCCCGCUUUCUAUCACCUCGCCCCAUCUCCCGCUUUCCAUCACCCCGCCCUAUUCUUCUGCUUUCCAUCACCCGGCCCUAUUCUCCUGCUUUCCAUCACCCCGCCCCAUUCACCCGCUUUCCAUCACCCGCCCCAUUCUCCUGCUUUCCAUCACCCCGCUCCAUUCUCCCGCUUUCCAUCACUCCGCCCCAUUCUCCCGCUUUCCAUCACCCCGCCCCAUUCUCCUGCUUUCCAUGACCCCGCCCCAUUCUCCCUCCUUCCAUCACUCCGCCUCAUUCUCCCUCCUUCCAUCACCCCCCCCCCAUUCUCCCGCUUUCCAUCACCCCGCCCCAUUCUCCCGCUUUCCAUCACCCAGCCGGAUUCUCCCACUUUCCAUCACCCCGCCUUAUUUUCCCGCUUUCUAUCACCCCGCCCCAUUCUCACGCUUUCCAUAACCAUGCCCCAAUCUCCCACUUUCCAUCACCCCGCCCCAUUCUCCCUCCUUCCAUCACCCCGCCCCAUUCUCCCGCUUUCCAUCACCCCGCCCCAUUCUCCCGCUUUCCAUAAUCCCGCCUCAUUCUCCCUCCUUCCAUCACCCCGCCCCAUUCUCCCUCCUUCCAUCACCCCGCCCCAUUCUCCCGCUUUCCAUCAGCCCAACCCAUUCUCCCGCUUUCCAUCACCCCGCCCCAUUCUCCCGCUUUCCAUCACCCCGCCCCAUUCUCCCGCUUUCGAUCACCCCGCCCCAUUCUCCCGCUUUCCAUCACCCCGCCCCAUUCUCCCGCUUUCCAUCACCCCGCCCCAUUCUCCCGCUUUCCAUCACCCCGCCCCAUUCUCCCGCUUUCCAUCACCCCGCCCCAUUCUCCCGCUUUCCAUCACCACACCCCAUUCUCCCUCCUUCCAUCACCCCGCCCCAUUCUCCCGCUUUCCAUCACCCCGCCCCAUUCUCCCUCCUUCCAUAACCCCGCCUCAUUCUACCUCCUUCCAUCACCCCGCCCCAUGCUCCCGCUUUCCAUCACCCCGCCCCAUUCUCCCGCUUUUCAUCACCCGCCCCAUUCUCCCACUUUCCAUCACCCCGCCCCAUUCUCCCGCUUUCCAUCACCCCGCCCCAUUCUCCCUCCUUCCAUCACCCCGCCCCAUUCUCCCGCUUUCCAUCAGCCCACCCCAUUCACCCGCUUUCCAUCACACUGCCCCAUUCUCCCGCUUUCCAUCACCCCGCCCCAUUCUCCCGCUUUCCAUCACCCCGCCCCAUUCUCCCAUCACCCCGCCCCAUUCUCCCGCUUUCCAUCACCACGCCCCAUUCUCCCGCUUGGUCAAGAAGUCUGCCUGGUCCAAGAGCUUGCCUGGUCGAGGAGCGUGGCUGGUCCAGGAGCUUGCAAGGUCCAGGCAAGCUCCUACACCAGGCAAGCUCGUGGACCAGGCACGCUCCUGGACCAGGCAAGCUCCUGGACCAGGCAAGCUCCUGGACCAGGCAAGCUCCUAG